UCCGGCGUCCCGGCUGGCGCGUGGGGUGGGGUGGGGUGUCCUGCUCGCGUCCUUCUCCACGUGCAUUUCCUUUCCGCCGCCCCAGCGGGGCGGGGGGAGGAAGUGCUGGCGGGCUGGGCGCCUGGGGGGCGGCUCCCUGCGUUGCCUUGCUGGGGCGCGUCUUGCAAAGAAGAGGCGGAGCCCUUUCGGGCGCCCCCCCCCCGCGCGCUCCUCCGUCCGGGCUGCGAUGUGAAGCGAGGCGAGGUCGGGCUGGGGGGGCCCAUGGAGCGCAUGGAGGUGGAGCCGAGUGCCGGGGGGGGCGCCCUGAGGCGGUCCAACAGCGCCCCACAGCUCCCGGGGCCGGCGGGGACCCCCCCGCUGGAGCAGCUGCCGGGACCCCAGCGGAGCCGCCGGAGCAGUGUCUGCCUGGACAGCGGGCUGGCGGCCGUGGAGGCGAUGGAGACCCUUCCCAAGGACUUGACCCCCGCAAGCAGCAGGGCGCCCCCAGUCGGCCUCCAAAGCAACAGUCCCUACCUGGGCACCAUCCAUGGGCUCCCCACCUGCCACAGUGCUGGGACCCCCAACUCCUGCUGGUACCUCCACAGGGCCCCCGGCUCUGGAAGCAGAAGAAGCCCCCCCAGGCUGGAAACCCUUAAGAGGAAAGGAGGCCUGGACAUUGACUCUCCCCCCAAGAAGCUGUUCGUGGCUGGGGUCCCCAUAACACCCCCUGCCCCAUAGCUGCCCUCCCUCCAGCCCUACAGGGAGCAGCAAGAGGUUCUGCUGAAUGUUUGGAAGGAGAGGGGCCGUGCCCCACGGCUGCCUGGAUGUCCUCCCUGCUACGCUGGACUCCUCCCUGUGCCCGGAGGCUCAAGGGGGGGCUCCAUGUUCCUGGAAGGAGCCCCCCAGCUGGCUGCCAAGGGCUGUUGCAGGAGGGGAGCUGUGCCGGAGGGGGCUCUGCUUGGGACCCUGCCGCUCCUCCAGGGCUUUCUCCCACAUGACAGGAGGCAUGCGCAGCCCCCUGGGGACCCCCCCCCCGCAGCCCCCAGAGGCCAGGACUCUCCCCGCUGGAAGCUGCCCUGGACCCUCUGCAAGAGCAAAGACUAGCUUGAGGCAUUUCUCAAUUGUGGGGGUGGAUGGUAUUCGCUCCCCCUCCCUCGCAGGGCCCACCUGGGGCAUUCUCCAGCUGCUGGAAGCCUAGGUGCUCCAGCCCCACAGAUCACGACAUGAGCACCCGUGAAGGGGCCGCUCCGAGGGGCGCAGAGGAUCCAGGUGACAAAUGGGGGGCCGUGUGUGAGAGGCCUCCCCAAGGAGGAGUGGCCGUGGUGCUUCUGAGUGGCUCCUCCUCCUGCGUCCCACCACCAGACCCCAACCGAGAUGGGGAGAAGCACCGAGUUGCUGCUGAUAGAGUUCCUUUUACCCCACUCUUGGGACGCGCACCCCCCCCCACACACACACACCCCGUUUGUACCCCAAGACUGCCGCCUAACUGCUUGUCACUCCCUGUUCCCCACCUCAUAUUUUAUUGAGGGGGGGUUGCAGGAUUAUUUUUGUAUGAUGUAUAAUUUGUACAUAUCUAUCCAUGCCUCUCACUCUCUCUCUCUCUCUCUCGGGUGGGAGCAAAGAGCACCUCACUGGAGGGCGUUGCUGGGGGGGGGGCUCCCUCCCUCCCUCCCUCCGGCGCCAACUGCAGUUCUGUACCACGCGGACAAUAAAGCCCUGCCCACCCCA